AUGUUUUCCAAAUCUUCUCUUUUAGCUCUUACUGGUUUCUUAGUAACCAAAUCUUCCGCUAGCUUUGCAAGAACAAUUGAAAGUGCUCAAACAACAACCCAAACUUCUGCCGAUGUUGUGUGCACCUCCAUUUUUGAAGAAUGUCCCAACAAUGAUUUCACCACUAACCAAUUGAUAUACCCAAGUGCCGAUAUCUCUAUUUAUGAUGUCUCAUAUUGUAAAUGUGGUACUUAUGCUGUCAAAAUUAAUUUUAAAGCUUAUGAUACUUUAGAUAUUGAUGCUCUUUCAAGCUUGAAAAUCACUGGUCUUACUGGUUUGCAAAAUUCAAUCACUCUUUACUCUGAUAUAUCAACUUCCUCUUCUAGAAUCACUAGUCCAGGUGAAUGGUCUGUCGAUGCAGAAGUUAAUGUGGAUGAAAAAGAUGGAUAUGUUUGCAUGAAACCAUUUAAUAUUGAAUAUAAAUGGUGUGAUGGCUCAGACGGUAGUAAAUGUUCUGCAUGGUGUUACGAUACCACUUAUCUGUACUCAACUGGUUGUGAUGGUAGCACCGAUUCUUCUAAUUAUUGUUGGAAAAUCGGUUGUGAUGGUCAUCCUGAAUCUUCUUUAAGUACCGAUACUGUCUCUGAAACUUAUGCUUGUUCCGGUUCUGAUUGCGUUCAAUCCACUGAAAGUGAAACCGAUUCUAUCUCUUAUGGCUGCACUGGCACAGAAUGUCUUCAGUCAUCUUUCACAACUAUCAGCCCAACAACUUUCUAUACUGAAUCUGAAUCUGAAUCUGAGCUUGAAUCUGAGUCUGAAUCGAAAACCAAAACCAAAUCAAAAACUAGAUCAAGAUCAAAAACUCAUUAUACUAAAUCAACUUAUUUUUCCCCAUCUCUGGAAACCUAUGUCUCUCAUACUGGUGAUAUAGAUUCAAAAUCAACCUUUUCUCAAUCUACUGAUGUUAUCCCAUCAUCCUCUGAAGUUUUCUCACAAAGUACCUCUUCACCUGUUUCUUUAAUUUAUAGUUCAAGUUAUACUUCAUAUGCUGAAAGCCCUUCUUACAGUUCUUAUGUCUUUUCGUUCUCUUCAUUAUCAGCCCCCUCAGAAUCAUCUUCAAUCCCUGAAAGCUCUCUUUUCACUGGUGAUAUUGACUUUAAAUCACUUUCUUCUUCUACUUUAGAUGGUUUAUCAAAAACAUCAUCUGUUGUCCCAAGCUCUUCUUAUGUUAGCUCCGAAAUCUUCAGUGAAUCAUAUUCACAGGUUGUUAGUUCUGAAUACAUUAGCUCAUCAUAUUUCAGUUCAGUCAUUGUCUCCUCUUCUUAUUUAUCCGUUCCAUCUGAAUCUUCUAUUGCUCAAAGCUCUUCAGAAUUACUUUCAUCCUCUUCAUUGGCUGGUCCAUCAAAAUAUUCUUCUGCCGUCGAAAGUUCUGUCGCUGUUAGCUCUGAAGUUCUCUCUUCAUCUAAGAUCUCCUCGUCUAAACCAUCUAAAAUAUCCACAUUAUCAACCGUUUAUGAAACUGAAGUUGCUUCAUUCACAACUGUUAUUACUGUUACAAGUUGUAGUUCUGAUGCACCAUGUUCAGAAGUUGAAGUUGAAACUGGUGUUACUGUUUUUACCACCACUAUUAACAAGGAAGUAACUGUAUAUACAACAUACUGUCCAUUGACUGCCACUAAGACUUAUGUUCCAGUUGUUUCAACUUUCAUAACGACUUCAACAGCUGAAGAGACAACCUUACUUACUGUUACCUCAUGUUCUGAAGAAUCAUGUUCAUCAUCUAUAGUUACCACAGGUGUCACUUAUGUUACUUUGACCACGAAGAAAAACAUUACUAUUUUCACUAGUUACCAUCCACUUACUACAACCAAUGUUGUUUCAACAACAAGUCUUUCUGAAGCUAAAAACCCAUCUACUACUGAAGAACCAAAAGGUUCUAUUCCAAUUCCAGAAGAAGAAAAAGAAUCUACAACUGAAAAGGCAAAAACUAAUGUCCCAAAAACUAACGAAAUUAGUAUUAGUAAAUUAUCCUCAAGCACUCUUGAAGGUGAACAUCAAACAUCUGAUGAGUCUAAGACUACAUCUGAAACACCAAAAAGUACAACGCCAGUUCCGGAAGAAGAAGAACAGCCCAAAACUGGUGUUCCAAAGUCUAAAGAAAUUAUCAUUGAAAAGUCAUCUUCAAGUACUCUUAAAGGAGAAUUUGAAACAUCUGAUGAAUCUAAGACCACAUUAAGUUAUGCUGAAACCACCGCAUCUGAUUAUUUUUCAGAAAACUACACUAUUAUUGAUCUUGAUGGAACCACAGAAUAUGUUCCAUAUAACUAUACAAUCAGCAAAAAGCAAUCUAGUAGUACAUUAUUAGGUGAAGCUAAAGAAACCCAAUCAAUUCUCUUAGCCAACGAUGGCAUUGUUGCUAAAUUGAGCGUUAAAACUAUUUUCAGUUCUGUUUUAGGUGCUAUCACUGUUUUAUUAUUGUAA